AUGGCAUCGUUUUAUCCAUCAUUUUUAUACAAUUUCAUCAUUUUUUUAUCUAUUUUUUGUCGAUUUACAUAUUCACAAGUAGCAACAGACUCAUUGAUAUCUCCAAUAGUAUCUAAUUCGAAUGAUACAACAGGCUUUACGAAUACACCUAUUAAUAUUAAUUCGACAUUGUCUUCGAAUUCAACUCCAUUUUCAAAUAAUUCAAUAUCAGUUAGUACUACUACUUUAACAAAUCCGUUAGACAUAUCAAUGACGACAAUUACAACAGUUGAUAAUUCAACAAGUACAAGUAUUUCUACAAAUCCAUCAACAAGAUCUAGUGUCGAUAAUACUCGUCCCUCAGAGGCAUCAUCAAAACCAGGCUGGUGGUUAUUGGUUGCCCUUCUUAUAACAGUAGCCAUCGUUAUUAUUGCUGGUGUUAUUUUCUAUAAUCGACAGCAUUCUCCAUAUAGACGAUUUAUUUCCUGUUUACAAUGGUGUAGACAGUGCAAGUUCAGGUUUCUUCGAAAUUGGCGAUCACGUGAAGAUGAUACAGAUAAUAUUAUUUUACAACUUGAACAAUCAGAACUAUCACCUGGACAAUGGCCACCUCGAAUCUCUUUUACUUAA